AUGUUUAUUCGUACAUACGGACAGAUAUACACAUGCCCUAGAAUACUUGUCAAUCUAACCAGAACAUGGCGGAAGAAGAACACGAAUAAGAAGACGGAUUUAGUGAAUAUAGAUACAAUUGCACGGAAACUGCAUACUUCAAAUAAAGCAAGAAAUUAUGAAAGAUGUACACUUGGAUCGAUUGGACGAAAGGAGAUACAAACAUGUUAUCAAAGUGCAAUUUAUGAUUCUGUAUUUAAUUUGGUUAAGAAAAAUGACAGUGACGUGAUUGAUGCUCAUGAUUUAAUUGAACUAAUUAACAAAGCUGGUAUUUCGUUAGACGAUCCUAGACUGGCCGAGUUUACAAAGGCGUUGAAAGAACUUCAAGGAAAUAAAACCAAUCAAAAUGUAAUUCAGAGUAAAUCAUUAACAUUGGACAGGGAGAAAUUUGAACUCGUUACUAAAGACAGUCUUCACAUGUUAAUACGUAUUAUGACAAAUGAUUUUUGUAUACCAGACUUUCAAUCAUUUGAAAAUGAAAUUGUAACAAUCUUCAAUGGAUGUAAAACAAUUAAGACGGGUAAAGUAGCAAGUUAUAUCCCAGAAUUAGAACAAGUUAAUCCAAAUUAUUGGGGUUUAUCAUUAUGCACAGUGGAUGGACAACGAUUGUCUAUGGGUGAUAGUAAUGUACCAUUUACAAUGCAGUCAAGCAGUAAACCAGUCACUUAUGCAAUAGCACUAACUGAUUUGGGUCCAGAAUACGUUCAUCAAUAUGUUGGAUAUGAACCUUCUGGUUUACCGUUCAAUCAAAUUUCCUUAAAUCAUAAAAAUAGACCACACAAUCCACUGAUCAAUUCAGGAGCUCUAGCAGUUUGUAGUUUAAUCCAACCACACUUAAGUCCUCCAGAGCGUUUCAAGUAUGUUGAAGGCAAAUUCAGUCAAAUGGCUGGUGGAUUACCAAUGGGUUUUAAUAAUGCUGUCUUUUUAUCAGAACGUGCUUCAGCGGAUCGUAAUUUUGCUAUCGCUUAUUAUAUGCGUGAGAAUAAGUGUUUCCCGCCACCAUUUGAAUUGCGUGAAUUAAUGGAUUUCUAUUUUCAAUUGUGUUCAAUUGAAGUGAAUUGUGAAUCUAUUGCUAUCAUGGCUGGUACACUGGCUAAUGGUGGAAUUAAUCCGUUGACUGGUGAAACUGUUGUCAGUGCUGCUGCUGCUCGUGACACUCUGUCAGUGAUGCAUUCCUGUGGAAUGUAUGAUUAUUCUGGACAAUUUGCAUUUAAGGUUGGUUUACCAUGUAAAUCUGGUGUUUCUGGUGUCAUCAUGGUUGUUGUACCUAAUCUACUUGGUCUAGCUUUAUGGUCACCGCCUAUUGAUCGACAUGGGAAUUCAGCUAAAGGCAUACACUUUUGUCAAGAACUUGUUCAACGAUUUAUUUUUCAUCAUUACGAGAGUCAUUUACAUUAUGAUAAAAAAAUUGAUCCAAGGAAACCGAGAGAUUCAUAUCGUACAGAUGCGAUUACAUCAUUACUGUUUGCAGCUGGUAACAAUGACUUGGCAACACUUAGAAGGAGUUAUAUUCAUGGCGUAGAUUUCAAUUCAGUCGAUUAUGAUGGCCGGACUGGUUUACAUGUAGCUGCAAGUUCUGGUUCACUAGAUGCUGUGAAAUUUUUCAUUGAAGUUGGUAAUGCUAAAUUAGAUCCAGUGGAUCGUUGGGGUCAUACACCCUUGUCAGAUGCUAAAUUGUUUGGACAUACACAGAUUGUUGAAUAUUUAGAAAAGAGAAUUGAAGCUAUGAAAUUUGACAACAAUAACAAUGACAGUAAAACCACUGAUAAUAAUCACUAA